AUGAUCAUUCCCGAGAAGAACAGGAGAGAAAUCUCCAAAUACCUCUUUCAAGAGGGUGUGUGCUACGCUAAGAAGGACUACAACUUGCCAAAGCACCCGGAAAUUGAUGUGCCGAAUCUCCAGGUGAUUAAGCUAAUGCAGAGCUUCAAAUCCAAGGAAUAUGUGCGCGAGACCUUUGCCUGGAUGCAUUACUAUUGGUAUCUUACCAAUGACGGCAUUGAGUUCCUCCGCACCUACCUCAACUUACCUUCUGAGAUUGUUCCUGCAACUCUCAAGAAGUCUGCCAAGCCCCUUGGCCGGCCCAUGGGUGGCCCUCCUGGUGAUCGUUCACGUGGACCUCCAAGAUUUGACGGGGACAGGCCACGCUUUGGUGACCGGGAUGGAUACCGUGGUGGGCCAAGAGGAGGACCCCCAGGUGAAUCUGCUGAUCAAAAGGAUGGAGCACCAGCGGAUUACCAACCUGCUUUCAGGGGUGCAGGUGGACGUCCUGGCUUUGGUAGAGGCUCUGGUGGCUUUGGCGGAGCACCUUCAAGUUAA